UUUUUCUUUUGUUUUUUUAUAAUUAAACAAGUGAAGUUACUCUUUUCGUAAUAUUGUACAUAUAUAUACAGGAAAUUUACGAAGAGGAAGAACAUAAACGCGUUCGAACGCAUUUGGAUUCAAUCUUGUUGGAUGGGUGAAUGGCAACGAAGAUACAACCACGGUGUUUCACACAUAGCAUCAACAAUGUUACACGUGUUAUACAAUCAUUGGACUACGAUGAUUAGGGGUGAACCUCACAGGCCUGAAACAACCCGGCACAUCCUGUUCGGAGGAUCCCAAGGACCCGAAUGAUCCCAAGGAGCAAAGGACCUCGGGCUCCAGGCUGUUUUUUCAAAUUAAACGUCACCGCGGCUCAGUUUAUAAUCCGAAAAUCGUUGCCUCGCGUAUUUUUUACUCCAACGGCGUCGCCGAGAGUCGAAAAUAUUCGGUUCAAACUUCUCGAUUAAUUUCAGACGAUAAUAUAUCGUCAAGAAAAAAAUGCCGCUGGUACUUACGAUUUUCCAAAACGAAAUUCGCGCGUCCGGAUAUUUCAGCAGUUCGUUUAAUACGCGUCGUUUACUUUCGUGACUAAAUCGAAUUAUAAAGGAGUAUAAUUAUUUAAUUAUCUCGUAAGAUGUAAAUAAAAAAGAUAACGCAGAUACGGUGCGUGCUUUUAAUUUUUCAUUAUGGAAGAAAUCGAAACGGUAAAUUUAUUUUAAAGAAAAAACAAAAAAAAAAAAAAUUCGAUUCUUGUAUCGCGCAAGAAUUUUGUGGGGAUUUUUAACGAUUCGAGGAAACUCGAUUUUCGCGAGUGCGGAAAGUUUACGGACGAAAUCGUCGACGGUGGUGUGAGAAGAUUGAAUUGAUUCGUCGAUGGCGACGUGAUUACAACAGGAAAAAAAAACCGAGUGGUGAACGGAAGUUCGGCGAACGCUGAUCGCCGUGUAAGAAAUCGUUGCUGAGAUGGGCACAACAAUAAACGUAAUAAUUCCGCCAUGGUACUCGAUGCACCGGAUGUCCGGGUAGGCAAAUCUUCGCAUGGCGGGGACCAGCGAGACUUACAACGUCACGUGGCAUCCACACUUGUCUGCAUCUACACCUGCAAACGAAGUCCACGAACAAUUUUUCCGUGACUUUCCCGGCAAGGAUUCACCCUACACUACCCUACAGCGUGUUAUUAUGUUUCAGGCGAUAGUGCUCGCCCUGGUUCUUGGAAGCAUAAUCAUCGGCACAGUGAUAGGAAAUAUUCUAGUCUGCGUGGCGGUGUUUCUAGUUAAGAAACUCCGUCGGCCCUGCAAUUACCUUUUGGUCAGCCUGGCUGUGAGCGACAUUUGCGUGGCCUUACUCGUGAUGCCGAUGGCAUUGCUGUACGAAAUACUUGGCAGCUGGCCCUUCAACUCGACGAUAUGUGAUCUCUGGGUCAGCUUCGACGUCCUCAGCUGCGCCGCGAGCAUAUUGAACCUUUGCGUCAUAUCCGUAGACAGGUACAACGCCAUUACAAAACCGCUCGAGUACGGCGUUAAGAGGACGCCGAAGAGGAUGGUGUUGUGGGUCAGUUUCGUAUGGCUCGGAGCUGCCUGCAUCAGCUUGCCGCCUCUCCUGAUCAUGGGAAACGAGCAUACUCAUUCGAAAACCGGAGCCAAGCAGUGCGCCGUCUGUCAGAACUUCUUUUAUCAGAUAUACGCGACCCUGGCCAGCUUCUACAUACCGCUGAUCGUCAUGAUUGUCGUGUACUACAAGAUAUUCUGCGCCGCGAGAAAGAUUGUGCUGGAAGAGAGACGGGCCCAGAAUCACCUGGAGGCACACUGCUACCUGGAUAUCGAACCGGCUUCUCAACCCACGGCCAUAGCUAAUCGCCAACUCAUCUCCGACGUUCACGCCUCCCAGGGCAGCCCCCCUUGCAAGCAGCACCGAAGCUCCAGCGGGUCAACUACGUGCAGCAGCAACGCGGUGAGAUGCUUCGCCGGAGGACCAAGAAGAAGCAACGAGUCCCAAUGCCCGAUGUUGCAGAAGGUGGAUAAGCACACGUCGUCGGGAGCGGCGUCGAUACCGAUGGCGACAAAGUCGACGAUAAUUCGUAAUCACUUGAACAGCACGUGCAGCGUGACAAAUUCACCGCAUCGUAAAAAGCUGCGAUUCCAAUUGGCCAAGGAGCGCAAGGCGAGCACAACCCUGGGGAUAAUAAUGAGCGCUUUCAUCGUCUGUUGGCUACCGUUUUUCGUCCUGGCUUUGGUCAGGCCGUUCCUAAACGAGUCCAACGCCAUUCCAGCCGCGCUUUCGAGUCUCUUUCUAUGGUUGGGCUACUGCAACAGCCUACUGAACCCAAUAAUUUACGCGACCCUCAACAGGGACUUCCGGAAACCGUUUAGGGAGAUACUGUACUUCCGUUGCGGCAACCUGAACCACAUGAUGAGGGAGGAGUUUUACCAGAGCCAGUACGGUGACCCCGUUAAUAAUCACGUGACCAGAGCUUGCGACUUGGAGAGCGGAGGACGUUUGGAAAGCCACGGCGUCGAGGCGCUCGACGUAGCUUCCAAUCCGGCAAACGAAAGCUUUCUAUGAUCCACGUGGAACGCUUUGUCGAUAUACGAGCUAAGUGAUACCGCGAGAGUUAACAACGAGGAUUAGCCGCGUGAUUUUUUCUACCUAAAACACGUGGCGAACACCUCUCUCAAGGUCAGACGAAUAACCCCGUUCUUUCCAAGACACUUGACGAUGGUCCCUUUCGAUGGACAUGCCAAGGAUAUUGGGGAUUCUGACUAGAUACAAAAACGAACAAACAAGACGAAGAAAAUGGAGAAGAAGAAGAGGAGUGGAAAAAAAUUGUACGGAAAUUGUGAAAAAUGAAGGUAUGCCGAACGGCUGUGAUGUGCAGGCGGCUUGUCAAUAAGAAGAUGGAUGACCGGCGCCGAUGGCGCCGGAGAAAGAUAAAAAAAAAAAGUAAACCCAUACAUAGACUGGACGGUGUCGAUGAGAUAUGAUGAAUGAAAAGAGAGAGAGAGAGGGAGGGAGGUGAAAGGGAGAGGACGCGUAAAAAUACAAAAUUCCACGCGAAAAUGAGAGUAUAAAUCGCGAUCGAAAGGUAGUUUACCAUACGUGUUCUUUACAAAUGUGCCGAGGCCUUGCGAUUUCAGGCUUAGAAAUUGGCUGCGUGAGAUUUCUUUUCUCCCUAAUAGUAAAUUACAGGUACGUGAAUAUAUACCGUGAAACUGCGAGUACCUACCUUGUGAUAAGGGAUUGAUCGUACAACGUUACCCGGCAUUGCACGAAAAUUACUCGACAGAUCGAAGCUGCUUACAACUGACGAUAAAGGUAAUGGAAAAGUAGCAAGAAAAUGUGAAAGGUCGCGUUGGUUAGCGGACAAUUGUUUUUAUCCCACGAGGUUAAACAAGCCGUUUAUCAAGUAAAUGUUUACCUUGAAUUUGACGUCACGUUACAGAGAUGUAUACAAUAUUGCAAUUGGACAUCUGGCAUGGACUGGAAGCGCUCGAACCUGUAAGGGUUACAAGAAUAUACUUGUACAUUGAAAAAAUAAUAAUCGUCCAAGAUGUGAAACUGUAUAUUAUAUAUCGGCUGGCGAGAAGCGACGCUGAGCAGAUAUCGAGUGUUCGCGUUUGUUAAACACCGGACAGAAAUAAAAACAAAUCGAACGAUGAUUAACAAAAAAAAAAAAAAAAAGGAAAAGAAAAAGCAAAGAAACGGGAAACUGUAUCGACCUUCUCUCCUCCGUUGAAAAAUUACGAUACGACUCCGAACGCGGAUGGUGGGGAAAGAAAAAGAAAAUUCCAUUUCGAGAUUUCUAUGGAAAGAAACGCUGUUCGACGUGUCAAUAAAGAUUAUAUCCAACGUGCGUGACAAAAUCGGCAGGCGGACUACGACGAAGGGUGAAUGCCCGAUGUACACCCAACCAAGUAAGGCCAAGUAUUUCGAUUCUUCGAAAAAAAGGGGAGGGGGGUGGGUGGAGGGAUGGAAAAAAAAAUACCCAAUCAUCUUGUCAACCGAGCACACACUGGAGCUACUUCGUCUCGUCGUGUCGUACGGCUCGACUGAUCAAACAUGACGAAUUGCGUUCCAACUAAACAAACAGAAUCGUUCCUCUUCUAUUCGCGUCUGCAUUGGUAUUUGCAAGAAAUUUGUGAUCCAUGUUAAGCCUACUUGGCCGAUAAUUUUCAGUCCCAGUUUUCUUCUUUUUUUUUUUUUUUUUGGUCAACGAUGUAGAGUACUGGAAGAAAGAUAAAGGAGAGUAAUCGGUAAUGAAGAGAGAGGAAGUGAGAGAUCGUUUUAGUGAUUGAAACAUUUUUUUAAACCUAUUUCCGGUAGCAUUUUAAAAGUGAAUUUUGAAACAGAGACUUUAGAGUGAAUUGAAGUGUAGGGUACUAGUCAAAAUACUUGUAGUUCUAGUUUUGUGAUAAAUUUUACGAAUUACUUUUUAUCGGUAUGUCUAAUCAAUCAAAAUAUUUCUACGAUCGCAUAAAAAUCCAUGUACGAAUUUGUUAGAAAUUGGCCGGAUGAGUCGUGAAAUUUGGUGAGAAAUACUAUUAUUUGAAAAUCGAUAUACUUACGAGAAGUUGGUACGUUGAUUGUUUAAAAGAAAAAUAACCAUUAUUAUAAUACUGUUACUACCGUUAUUACUAUUUAUUAAGUCUGUGUUACGCUUAAAUUAUUUAAUAUUUAAGAAAAAUAUACUUUUUUUUUUCGCAAUCCACAACCAAAGAAUUAACUCUGGAAUUAAAAAUUAACGGUGUUGGUUAUAUUUAUCAUGUAUGAUAUAAUAAUUAUAAUAUAUGCAUAUUAUAUCGUCGUAUAGAAAGAAUAACAAGGCUCUGAAACUAAGAUUGAUUUCAGUUUCGCGAGUAAAUCUCUUGACGGAUUAUCCCUGCACGGUGAAAAACUUUGUUGAGAAACUUUUUUUUUUUUGUUUUUCCUUUCACCCCCUCCCUGGUUCACUCAAUCUAUCGUUUUUACAGAACUAGGCCAUUAGUCCCAUCCGUCAGAGUAGAUUAGUGCCAAAAUAAUUGAUCCAGCAGCGGUUCGUCAACAAUUGAGUAAUUGUUAAUUCCCGUAGCGAUUGUUCACUUUUAACAAUUCGCUAACAGUGCGAGUAUCGCAAAGAGAUCCAGAAACUAGUCAAUGACGUGCGAAUAGUUAUGCAUCAGGAGACUUGAAGUUGCGGUAUAUGCAAAUUUUACAAUUAAUUUUCAAGUACCGUGCUUCGUUUGCAAAUUCACACGGUUUUCGAUCCGCUCAAACACAUCCGAAAGAAUUAAACCGGUGGUAGAGUUGAAACGGUUCACGUACAGUAAUGGAAAGAGAAAAAGGAAUCGUGUCGUUUCGACAAUAACGAAACGAUUCUCGUUAUUUAUAAUCGCAGGAAAUUAAUAUCCGUUGACUUACUCGCGGUUCUUAUUACUUGCUUUUUCUUUCUUCUUCGCCAUCUCUCGAUUUAUCUCGUGAAAGUUUUCGCUCCAAUCUCGGAACGCGUCUUUAAGAUAGCAGCUUUAAGGGACGGAUAGACCGUAAUCGAUCCUGAAAUUCGCCAAAGCAACAAUCAAGUCCGGGACAAUCAUUCGAUUGGCAAAAUUGUCGGAUCGGAAAUUGGCAGUCAGACUUUAUUCCUCACUCUUCGGUGUCUUACACUUGAGCUAUAAACGGUUUCAGCCGACAGUGCGUGCAUAGAGAAGUGACCAAAAAAUAUAUCUUCGAGGGUAACAAAUCGCGAAACACAUUACCUUGUAAACAAUCAAAUAAUAACCCGAAUAAUUACAGUUGUGGAUAGAUUGAACGGUGAUAAUAACAAGGAAGUUAUCCCAGAUUUGAUUUCUUUUGUAACACGUUAUAGUAGACUAAAAACUAAGCUACAAGUAUUUGUUUUCAACUGCCAUUAAACAUUUUAAGGGGGUGAAACCACCGUCCAAAGUAAGGCAUGUCGAACGGCGAUUUGGCAGUUAUUUUUUUCUUUCUUGUUUUACUUGAGAAAACUACAUUUUUCAUUUCUCGUUGUGGGAAAACUUUUUCAACUGUAUUGGUUUAGAAAUAUUAUGUCCUUGUGUGCGAAACUACCAAAUGGUUUCUUGACAUGCCUUACUUUGGAGAGUGUUUUUACCCCCUCAAAGUAUUUAGUGGCAGACAAAAAAAAAAAGACCUAUCGCUUAGUUUUCAAUCUACUGUGACGCGUUAGAAAAGAAAUCAAAUCUUAGAGAUCGACCUGGGAAACCUUCCUUGUAAGUCCGUCGUGUUAAAUUUGGGUUGUGUCUGAUCUAAACGUGUAUUCGUUUAAUCGUAAUCGUGAAUAGAAUUACCCCCGAGGUUAUUUCCGGCUUAGCGAACCGUCCGAUUGGUUGUUAAAACUCGAGAAGACAGUAUCGCCUGCAUUAUUUGCAAAUCAAUUAUUUUUUAACAACCUGUUUCCAAUACACCGUUCAACAGUCCUUUCUUCCCUCACGAGAACCAGACGAUCAAUAAUACAGACGUUGAAUUUCUUACCGAAUCAACUAUUUUCGCAUCGGAUACCGUGCAACAUGUGCUUGGGUCACUGUUUCAUCGACUUUAACCCCAUUUCGCCUACUCCGCUUCUCCAUUAUCUGCAACCUUGUGUUUUUCAUUCAGUUGCUUGCACGGU